UACAAGUGAACACACAGUUCACUAAUUCAAAGCAGUGACCGUAAGGCAUCGAAUGCACCAUUUGUUGUCGGCCGUAACAGGUCUCCUAUACGUGGCAGCAUGAAAGUCUCCCAGGUCACCUUUACUCUACUGUUGACUCAACUACUAUCUGUGUUUGGGGGCAAAAUCCUGGUCUUCCCGUUGGAUGGGAGCCACUGGAUAAACAUGAAAGUGCUAAUAGAACAGAUGCAUGAAAGAGGUCACAUGAUCACUGUCAUCCGACCACCGGACAGCUGGUACAUCGAGGAGCAGUCACCCCUGUACACCUCGGUCAACCUUCCAAGUCCAGGAGGAUUUGAGGAUGUCUUUGAGCGUCUUUUAUCGGAUCGAAUGGAAAUGAUUCUACACAGUGGAUCUGAAUCUUUUUGGUCAUGGCUACGGGAUAAGUUUAAAACCAGACAGGUACUCAUGCAGAUGUCCGAGUUACAUAGGAAGGCAAGUGAAGUGGUUGAUGAAAUGUUUUCCAAUGAAACGCUGAUGCAGUUGUUUGAAGAUGGGAAAUAUGACGUGGUUUUGACCGACCCUGCUAUCGGUGGGGGAGCAAUGCUCGCUCGGUGGCUGAAGAUUCCACUCGUUUUCAACGUCAGGUGGACCAUUCAAGGCGAGGGGCAUUUUCUUAUUGCCCCCUCACCUCUCUCCUAUAUUCCCUUUUCUAGCACUGAGUAUACAGAUAAGAUGACCUUUCCUCAAAGAGCCAUAAAUAUUCUCAAGUAUUUAAUCGGCAUGUACACAUUUUCAAUACUCUCUGAACCUCACUACAAACCAGUGGUGGAACGCUACUUUGGUCCUGAUGUGGAUUAUUCAACCUUCAACCUUGAUGCUGAUAUAUGGCUCAUGAGAAACGACUUCACCUUUGAAUUUCCUCGCCCAACAAUGCCCAAUAUCGUCUACAUGGGUGGCUUUCAGUGUAAGCCCGCAAAGCAGCUCCCAGCUGAUCUGGAGGAGUUUGUGCAGAGCUCUGGAGAUCAUGGGGUCAUCAUCAUGUCACUGGGGACACUAGUCAAAAAGAUUCCGCAAAAAAUCACUGACGAAAUCGCUGCGGCUUUCGCCGAGCUUCCUCAGAAGGUCAUCUGGAAGUAUGGGGGACCCAAGCCGGGAAACCUGGGCAACAACACAUUACUGGUCGAUUGGUUCCCUCAGAACGACCUGUUAGGGCAUCCAAAGAUAAGAGCCUUUGUUGCCCACGGAGGCACCAAUGGGGUCCAGGAAGCUAUUUACCACGGCGUCCCAGUUGUUGGACUUCCUGUAGCCUUUGAUCAGCCGGACAAUCUCUCAAGAAUCAAGGCGAAGGGAGGAGCCAUCAACCUGCACAUUGGCAAGCUGGACAGACGCAGCUUUGGUGAAGCUCUGAGGACUAUAAUUCACAAUCCAUCCUACAGAGAAAACAUGCAGAGACUCUCACAGCUGCAGAGGGAUCAGCCAAUGAAGCCACUGGACCAGGCCAUGUUUUGGAUCGAAUAUGUGAUGAGACACAAAGGAGCUCCUCAUCUGAAGUCAGAGUCCUUCAAAAUGUCCUGGGUGGUCUACAACUGCAUCGAUGUCAUCGCAGCUCUGCUGGCACUGUUUUUGUGUAUUAUAUUUUCCUCUUUUGCAUGCAUCCGAUUUUUGUGGCGGCUGUGUCUCCAUAAGGGAAAGAAAAAACAAGAGUGAAAUAUUCAGUUGAAUGAAAACACAUAUAAGAAAUCAUGUUGCACAUGUGAUUUAUGACAAAUAAAAUGAAUGAGUGUUUUAAUUUAUGACUGCAUGCAAGAAAAUUCAAAUCCACGCAAUUUUAUCCACCAAAAUUGAUGAAAACCAGGUGAUACAAACUAAGUGUGCACGGAACAGUUGGUGCACCGUUGUGAGAGCAUGUGGAGGGACACGCCUUGAGUUGACAAAUUCCUCAUCCAAUCACUGGGUAUUAGUUCAUAACGCAGUAGAUGUUGGUGAGAGUUGGACCACAGUGAUGUGGCUGUAAUAGCCAUUCUUUCAACAAUAAGGCUCCUGAAGUGAGAGAGAGGGAUGGAAAUAAUAAUAGAAUCAGAAAAAAGUUUGCUCUUAAUGCUAAACAAGUUACAUGUUCUGUAGGUCUCAUAAGCGCUGAACUGCAGCAUGGAGCCGGAGGUAACUUUUGGAUAGUUCGGAUGUAAGUACUGGGUUUAGUAGGAGCCAUUACAAACGAUGAUACUCCACUAAACAAUUCAGGUCAUGAACAUCAUCUGGUUACUGAUGACAGUAGAGGACUGGCUGAGGUGAAGAUUGCGAUCUUAAGUCUGCUGUUGUUCAGUCAGAAACAGGAUAACAAGUUUACUAAAAGCCCCAGAUCUAGUGUGCACAACUAAACUUGACCUAUACUGCAGACAAGCCCAAACCUUCAACAUACUUUAGUGCUUCAAAGAUACAAAGAAUGAAAUACAAAAAUCUUUUUGUAAACAGUUCAUCACUACCAUUUCGAAGUAUGUGAUCAUUUCAAAUACGCUUUCUUAAAAGAAACAUGAAAUACAAUAGCUACUACA